AUGAAGUCCUGCGGCGGCGGAAGGGACAGCAGCUUGCUGGCGGCGGAGGGAAACAAGGCGGCGGCGGCGGCGGCGCCGGCACCGUUCCUGACGAAGACUUACCAGCUGGUGGACGACCCCGCCACCGAUCACAUCGUUUCAUGGGGGGAUGACUUCUCCACCUUCGUCGUCUGGCGUCCUCCCGAGUUCGCCCGCGACCUCCUCCCCAACUACUUCAAGCACAACAACUUCUCCUCCUUCGUCCGCCAGCUCAAUACCUACGUAUGCCCAUCUCUCUCUCUCUCUCUCUCUCUCUCUCUCUCUCUCUCUCUAUACCCACCAACUCUGAGAGUGUUUCUGUAUGUUCUAUGAUCAGGGAUUCAGGAAGAUAGUGCCGGAGAGAUGGGAGUUCGCCAACGAGUUCUUCCGCAAGGGAGAGAAGCAUCUCCUCUGCGAGAUCCACCGCAGGAAGGCAGCUUCCUCUUCUUCCUCGCUGCCUCUGGCCAACGUUCCCCUCCACCUCCCCUUCCAUCACCAUCCCUCCUACUUGAUCGGGGCCCGCGCCGUCUUAGCCAACCCAGAUGGGAAAACCCUAACCAGGGACUGGUGCGACUCCACCACGUCCUCCGACCUUCUGGAGGAGAACGAGAAGCUCCGGCGAGCCAACAUGGCGCUUCUGUCGGAGCUGUCCCAUAUGCGGGAACUCUACAGCGACAUCAUAUACUUUGUGCAGAACCAUGUCCGCCCCGUUGCACCCAGCGGCGCCUUCCCUCCUUCCAUUCUAGCUCCACCGCCUCCGCCGUCGACGGCCGGGAAGCCCCCCAUCGCCGCCGUGAACCGGCCCAAAGUUUGCUUCAACUGGAGCAGCGCCACCUCUAGCAGCUCCCUAACAGUGAACAACAGCAGCAACAGCGGCGACGAAGACAGCUGGGACGAUGACAGCAAGGGGGGCAUCGAUCGCCCUAGCGGCGCUCCGGCGAGGCUCGCCGGACUUUCUCUCGGCAGCGCUUUCAACAAGAGACCGCCGCUUGAAGAACCCUCAUCGCCGCCGUCUCCAGCCACCAAGUCCCGCCGCUUUAUCGAUGACAAAAACUGGAACUUGGGAUUAUACCUCGGCCCUCCUCCUCCUCCCUCUUAA